AAUUACGCGAAACUGCAGUUGUGUGUUACAAAUUUUAAAAUUUAAAUUUUAUUUAUUGUUUUGUGGAAACUUUUAUUAUUAAUAAAAUUAAAUAUAACGUGUUUUCCCCAUUAAAAUGUCUUCCUCGGACACAGACGACGACUGUUAUGGUAACAUAACGAAAAAACUGCAAAACAUAAAAAAUAAGUACCAAUACGAUGAUAUGGAUACAGCGAAUUUGUUAAACAACUCCACGGAAAUAAAGAACACAACUCAGAGCGAAACUAAUGUAAUUAAAUGUGAUGAUAGUGAAAUUAUUCUGUUAGACGAUGAUGAUACGAUACUUGAUCAAAUAAUUGCGUUAAAUUCUAUACAAAAACAGACUUCAAGAGGUAGACGUUGCAAGACUAAUGUCCCUAGAGCACGCGGGGCGCGAUCGAAUCGUGGCCGGUCGAACCGUGGUAAACAAAAUACAUCUUUAGAUAAAUCCGACGAUUCCCUUGAUACCUGCCCAUCUAGGAAUACAAGAAGUGCCGCUAAUACUAGUUGUAUUACUAUAACGGAUAGUCCAGUUAGGGGCCAAUCUAGGGGCCGAGCUAGGAGCAGAAGCAGAGCUCGAGGCAAUAGAUCUACUUCUAGAAGGAGCAGAGGCCCUUCCUACCCUGUUUAUAGUAUUGGCAACACAGAGGAAUAUACAGAUCUAUCUGACGACGUCCAAUUGUUCACAUCCAACGUGAAAGCGCAAGACGUUAUCGACGAUAUAAUCGAUGAGAAUGAAGAGUUAUCAAUCAAAGUGUAUUGGCAGAGUUCAGAUAUAAUCAAGUUCACAAUACGCAAGUACCAAAAGCUCUCGCAGAUAUUUGAUUUCUUUUCGAAACGGGAGAAUGUAGGCGUUGAGAAAUUGCUGCUAACAUACAACGAUAGGAUAUUGAAGCCCGACGACACGCCGGACAGUAUAGAUUAUAGUAUUGCUAAGUUUAUAGACGGGGGUAUAGUCAAUAAUCGUGUUCCGAUUCUAGAGAGUUCCGAUAAGGAAAUAAGUGGUAUCAUGCUCAAGUUUCAAUGUCAAAAUUUAAAGAAACCGCUAGAGAUUACAGUUCAACCGGACGAGAGAAUGAUACAAGCGUUCACAAAGUGUGCUGAGCAUCUGGAACAACCUUUGAAUAAGUUGAAAUUUGAAUUUGACGGUGAUUGCAUUACAGGUGCAAUGACAGCUCAAGAAUUGGAGCUUGAAGCAGGUGAAUGUAUUGAUGUUAAAAUAAUUAGGUGAUGAUUGAGUUGCUAUAUACAAUGUUUUAAUUGUUCCGAAUCUUUUUUUUUAUAGAUUCAGUGGCUAGUUUUAUUGUUUUAAGGUA